AUGGAAAUUGCUCAUCAAGAAGCGCUCAAUGUUGCUAAUUUUCUCGUCAUUGAUGAUAUUAUUUAUGAGGUAAUGACCUUUUUACAUUCGGAAUUUAUCAUUCGGAAUUGUUUGAUGGUUUCUAGGCAGUGGUAUGGUGUGGUGAGGAGAGUUUCUUUAGAAUUGAAUAUUAAAAAUUCUGAUCAAUUAAAUUUAUUAAUUGAUGGCUAUGAUGAUGGACUGAAUCCAAGAAUGGGUCGAUUAAAUAUUCUGCCACAAGUGAAUAGGUUUAUUUAUGAGUAUUAUUCAAAACUUGGAAAGGAUUUGGUGAGGAAAAUAACAAAUUCGAUGAAGAAUUUGAGAGAAUUGGUACUUGUUGGAGUUGAGUUAGAAAUUGAUGAUGUUAAAUGCUUGGUAAAUAGUCAAUUGACCAGUUUGGAUGUUUGCGACAAUAGUAUUGGAGAUGAAGGGGUUACUCUAAUAGCUAAUUCAUUAAAGCAAUUAACAAAAUUAGGAAUUGGACAAGUAGGAGUUGGAGAUGAAGGUGUUAGACAGUUAGAAAAAUUAACUCAACUUACAGAACUCGAUGCUAGUUGUAACGAUUUCACAAUAUCUGUUCUUGUACAGGUUAUAGAUAACUCUCUGAAGCAAUUGAAAACACUUUCAGUUUAUUCAUGUAACAUAGAAGAUGAGCAUAUGAAAGAUAUUACCACUCUCUCCCAGUUGACAUCCCUCUCGGUCGGUAUCAAUAGAAUAACCGGAAAUUCAUUGAAACUUAUAGGAUAUUCAAUGAAGGACUUAACAUAUUUGGAAGUUGCAAAUAAUGAAAUUGGAGAUGCAGGUACUGAAUACCUUUGUAAUUUGAAAAAAUUGAAGGAGCUCAGUAUUUCCUCAAACAAGAUUAGCCAGUUAGGAUUUGAACAUAUAAAAUCCAUGGACCAGUUGAGAAUACUUCAAUGCAAUAACACCAACAUAAUGAACCAAGUAUCUACAAUGUCUCAUUUGGAAACACUAGUCGUUAUUAGCGAUUGCAAAAUUAAUAUUGAAAUAUUUGAAAGCAUGAGCAAGAAUAUGAAAAGCUUGACGAAAUUAAAUCUAUACAAAAAUGCUAUCAAUGACAUGGACUUUGUGAGGUUUAUUGCUUCUAUUCAGCAUUUACGUGAGCUGCACCUCGAAAGCUGUUCUAUUAACGAUAAUUCAGUAGAAAUUAUUAGCUCAAUCCAAAAUUUAAGAGGUUUAUUUGUCCCUUCAAAUGACAUUACAGAUGGCGGUGUAAAGCAUUUAACAAAAUUGACCAGUCUCAGAGAGCUGGACAUUUACUGUAAUCCUAUUGGCCUUGAAGGUGUGAAAAUUAUUAGUUCAGGAUUAAAAGGAUUGACCUCACUAACCAUUAGCAAGAAAGAUAUUGGAGAAAGGGGACAAUAUUUGAUUCGUUUAAUGAAUUUGGAUACACUUACUUAUGUGGAUAAAUGA